CAAAAGCCAGACAAAUAGUGAUGGAUAGAACAAGAGAGAGGAGAUUCUCCAACAAAGUUGUUAAUAUUUUGCAUAUAAAAAUUCACAUAAAAUCAAAUGAGGAAGGAAGAUUGAAAGAAAUCAGAAAAUGGAGUUUAUCAAGAGUGAAAGAGAUUGGGAGAGGGAAAUAGAAAGAGUGUUGUUUGUAUUAUGACAGAUUUUUCAUGUCUCUUCUCACGUAAGUUUCGUUUGUUUGUGUGAAAUUUCUUUUUCUUUUCCUGGGAUUUCUCUCUCUUUUAUGGACAAACUCUUCUUUUCUAUUCUCUCUCAAUAUCUGCUUUGAGAGAAUGGCCCAGUGAGCAGAUCCAAAAGUCCCCCAUUUUCUGUGCUUUUCAAGGCGUCUUUCAGAAUUCCCACUCUGUUUUUUCAACAUUUUCCUCAGCCUUAUCUUCGUUCAAAGCUUUUUGAUGAUGCUCACUUUUAUGUUUUUUCUUUGUGCUUGUCGGUAAGUGGAGUUGCAGGGCUCAAAGUUUUUGAAACGUUGAGCAAGAGCGAGUGAAUUACUGUGGGUUUUUGAGAAGGUGUUGUCUCUUAAUGGUACUGGAGGUGCCAAGUUGAUUUAUGUUAUCUUAUUGAUUGAAGUUAAUGUUCUGACUCUAAUGGCACUGCUGGGAAUGCAAGCGGACAUGCAGUAUAAAAGCUACUUUCCUGGACAUUAUUCCACUACAGAUCUUAACUUGGAUGCUGGUGGCUCGACAUGGCCCUUAAACAAUAUUGAUAAAACCUUAAUGAAAGGACAUGACUAUAAUGGUGCCUUGUUACUUCCCUCUCCGCAUCCGCAUUUGGUACAAAACAAGGAUGCAUUGAAGCAGAAAAUGCUCAAGCAAGAAGCUAUGUUCAAGGAUCAGAUCCGUGAACUACAUCGCCUUUACUUGAGACAGAGGGAAUUGAUGGAUGAAAUGAAAACCAAGUUGCUAAAACAUCACCUACAGCUGGAAACCUUACCGUCGAAUCCAUUUUUGUUGCAGAACCCCCUUGAUUUUGUCCAAAAGACAUGCCAUGCAUAUAGCUUGCAACAAAUGAACCCUGCUUGCUACCGAUCAUCUGUUUUGACUGCUGGAAACAACCUACCAUUGCCGUGUGUUAAAGAAGGAAAUAGCAUGUAUGCAGGUCCUAAACCUGCCCAAACUAAAUUCUUUAUAAAAGACUGUGAGUUAGAGUCUAAGUGCAAGAAGUUUGGUGAGAAGAUCUUGGAUCUUGAACUUCCACCUGAUGAGCACAUUGAUAGUGAAGAAGAGGGAUGUUUACCCAAGGCACAUACGGUGUUAGAUUAUCCUUUGAAGAGAAUUGAUGAGGUUGUGCAUAAGAGUAAUCUACAAUCAUGCCAUGGAAGUGGCACUUUCAACUCAGCUUCCCGGCGGGACAAUUUGACUCCUAGUUCUUUUUCUGCUAAAAGGAUUUGUUUGGCUGACUUGAAUGAACCGGUCAAGCUUGAAGAAGAGGCAGAUUCCAUCUACAUAGAUGUGGCUGACUUGAAUAAACCAACCAAGCAUGGGGAAGUGGCACCACCUAAACUCAAAUUUUUGGCUGACUUGAAUGAGCCCAUCAAGUUUGAGGAAGAAACAGCUUCUAUGACUAUUGAUUUUCCAAGUUCUGCUGGCGACAGGGAGUUCCCAUGUCUGGAUUUUUCUCAAAACUCUAAUUCAGGCCUCCAUGUUUUCUCGAAAGAUUUGAUGCAAAUUACCAAGAAAAGAAGUGAUCUUGAAACUUGUUCUGAAGGUUUACACCGGGAAACAAACAAAAAGGAAGAGUGGCCAUCUUCUGACAAUGAAGCAGGACAAAGUGGAAGCGAUUCCAUUUCCUUGCCUCCAGGUUUUGGUGGAGAGAGAUCCAUGUCUUUAGAAGAUGCUGAGCUCAAGCAAACUGAAGGGCAAAGUGGAAGUGAUUCUAUGUCUUUACCUCCAGGUUUUGGCGAACAGAUAUGCACAUCUUUAGAAGAUAUUGAGCUCAAGCAAACUCAAGAAUUUCCAAGGUCCAGCCUCAUCCAUCAGAGUGAGAAAAAAUCUUGCAUUGAAGGUUCAGAGAGCCUUGGAAGGGAAGUCUCCUCUAAUAGCUUUCCUGACAUGGAUUCUUCUUGUCAGCUUAUUUCUGUGACUGAUGUAGGGAAUUCUGAGGCAUCCUCAGUUUCAUCUUGGAGAAAACAUGUACAUGACGUUAUGCGGACCCCUAUAGCAGUUCAGGCACUCCCGUGCUUUAGCACAUCUACACCAUUGAGUAAAAAUUCUAAAUUAUCAGCUGCAAGCCCUCGGCUUAUUGGUAAGAAGUCUAAUGCACCUUCGAUCAGUUUUGAGGGCUCGGAUUGUAACAACAAUGAUUUGGCUUCUGAGCACCAUUAUCCUACAAAAUUCGUUAGACUUUCAAUGGAAGUGAAGCCUGUUAAGGAUAUUAAUUCUAAAUCAGUGUCAUGUAUCUGUACCUUGGGCGGAGAAAAGAAGCUUGAAGGUUUAACAAGAGGGUUGCCUUGGCUUAAAACAAAAUCAAUGUGUAAGAGGAAACGUGGUAAAAGAAGUGAGUUGUCAACUCGAGUGGAAUCUGUCUUAGAGCGAGCUAAUUUAUCAUGCAUCCAUGAUGUAGAGCUGAAGAAGGUUGAUGCAAGCAACAACUCAAGUGGCAAAUGCAUUCGAGGAUUUCAAAAGAUAUAUAACAAAUCUCCUCAGAUGUUGAAUGGCCACUCUUCAUCCCAUCACUAUCCAUCCGAAGAUGAAUACAUCAUGACUGAGGAGAAGGAUAGAGUUAGUGAUAUUAACUUGGAUUCUGAUCCUGUGAUCAAGUCAAAAAAACAGCUAUUUUGGAGUAAGGAUGUUGCAGGAGGUGGACUUCAAAAGAAAAGUUCAGAUUUUGAAGUCACUAUUGACCUGAACUCAAGCAUAGAUGAGCAUGAAUAUUCACCGGCAUUCUCUCUUUCAACAGAAAUGGAUUUGGAACCACCUGUGAGCCCAGAAAAUAAGGAGAGAUCUCCACUGCAGGGAGAAUCAGAUGAAAACGUUGAGAAACCUUUUCAGUUCUCUGAAAAGGAAGAUGAAGAUGUGCGAAUGGAUCUUGUUGGUAAUGCAAUGUGGGCUACAGUGUCAGGACAAGAAGGUGGGGAUAUGCUAGAUGAACUUGUUAGGACUGCAGCAAAGGCUAUAAUUUCCAUUUCGUCAUCUACAAUUCAAACUUGUUCAGAAAUCACUCCUCACAAGCCAUUUGAACCUUGUUGGAGCAAUGAGCUGUAUUGGUUUGCUGGGGUAGCUUGUUUAGUGGUUGAUGAUCCUGAUUGUGAAUUUGGAGUAGCUCUGAGUUGUAAGAACACUAAAGAUGACGAAGAGUGUCUGUCCGAUGGUCUUGACUAUUUUGAGGCCAUGACACUGAAGCUAACUGAGACAAAGGUCGAAGAACAGUGGGUUAAUAAGUUCAAUAACCAAAAAUACCGUAAAGAGGAAGAAACAGUCAAUACUUCUUUACUUAGUCAGACCAGGAGAGGCCGGAUGAGGAGGAGGCAGCAGCAGCAGGAAUUCCAAAGUGAAAUUCUCCCUAGUCUCGCUUCGCUUUCAAGGUAUGAAGUGACUGAGGAUAUGCAGACAAUAGAAGGCCUACUUGAAGCUGCUAAUUACAGUUGGGGUACAUUUGUGGCCAGAAAUUCUGGCAGAACUUCCCGGGCAAGGGUAAAAACACGCCCAUGUAUUUCUACUUCCAAUGUAACAGAGAUUAGUUGGAGGGAAAAGGGACUUGGGGAGGGAAAACUCAUCGGCUGGGGAAAGAUAACAAGGCGGCGAAGGGCACCAAGAUGUCCUGCUAGUAAUCGUCGGCUUAUUCAAGGCCAAGUCAACUGAAUACGCGAUAUGUUAUCGGCUUUUUGUGGUGAGGAAGUUUUGCACCAUGGGAUUGCCAUGUACAUAUAUCUACUCCAACAUGGUGUAUGGGAUUUAACCUUCAUACAGGAGACUAGAAGAGUUAUUGUUUCCAAAACUUUCAUGGUUUUUCAGUGGUAUAUAUAUUGAACAAUGUGAUUGUUUUGCAGAUGUUUCUAAAAAGCAAAUGAGAUUCAAGACAAAAUUGAAUCUCAUGAAAAGCUAUUAAUUAAGUUUUAGAUUGAUUCAUGGAGUUAA